AUGACCCCAGCUUCAGGAAGUCCCUCCAGCUCUGGCUUGCCGGAAAAGGGACCCCAGCCGCCAUUUCACGACAGCAUACGCUCUGGUAGCGAUAUCGAGUCUACGGCCCAAGAAGGGAGCGGUUUUGAAAGAAACCCUCAGGCUCAGGCAGAAGCAGAUGAAUCGAAAACCGUGCUUCGUUCUAGGGCUCCUUUAAAAAGCAAACUCAAAACGUGGUUCUCCCCAGGAGGAAAUCUUCGUCCAUUUCGUCUUCUGAAGCAAGAUAUCCGUAAUAUCAGAACGAGGUAUAUCUCAGAUUGGUCAACCUUCAAUCAGCUGGUAUUGGCAAGUGCAGUCUAUGUGUUCUUUACGAAUAUCUUACCGGGGAUCACCUUUGCAAGUGAUCUGUAUGUGUUGACGGGCAAAACCUGGGGGACUAUAGAGGUAGUGUUUAGUACGGGACUGUGUGGGCUUGUCUUCUCUCUGUUUUCUAUUCAGCCUUUAACCAUUCUGGGUGUUACUGGGCCUUUUUCCGUACUGGCAGAAAAUAUCUACUCCUUAUGUCGAGAUUCCUUUCACGUCGAAUUUCUUCCCCUAAUGGCAUGGUCUCUGAUCCACGCUGCCUGGAUGCACUACCUCCUUGCCAUCUUCAAUGCCCACGAUUGGACCAUGCAGUAUGUAACGACCUUCACCGCUGACAUCUUCUCGCUCCUCAACUCCGUGAUCUACUUCCACAAAGCCAUCCAGGAACUACAACGCGACCACGCGGCCGUCUCUUUUGCCUCUUUCCUCUACUCUAUCAUAGGAUGUAUUGGCACCUUUCUCCUCGCCGUUGCUCUCUCCACGGCCAACUCGUGGGCCCCUCUCUUCCACCGCUACAUCCGCAUGGGGCUCUCCGAAUACGCCGCCGCCAUCUCCAUCAUCCUCUUCAUAGGCAUGCCUCACGUCGGGGAACUGGCCACUUUGGACAAGCAGACCCUAGUUGUGCAGAAAUCCUUCCGUCCCACGUCACCAGAACGCUCCGUCUUCUUCGUGCGUUUCUGGGAGCUACCCGUCGAGUGGAUCUUCAUCUCCAUCAUCCCCGGUGCCAUCAUCACUGUUCUGUUCUACUUCGACCACGAGAUCAGCAGUAUCAUCUGCACGCUUCCCCGCUAUGGGACCAAGAAACCGGGCGGCUUCGCAUGGGACAUCGUCCUCCUAGGGACCACGACCGCCAUCUGUGGCAUCCUCGGUAUCCCGCCCGCCAACGGCCUCCUUCCCCAAGCGCCCCUACACUCCGAAUCACUCCUACACACUGUCGCGCUCCCCUCCCCCGACUCCGAAACGGGAACACACACUCCAGCCGCGCGACAUGAAGUCUACGAGCAGCGCUUCUCACCCUUCCUCCAAGCCGCCUGCAUCCUCGCCUUCGUCGCCCCACCCCUCCAGCACGUCCUAGGCCUGACCCCGACCUCCGUACUCGCGGGGCUCUUCCUAUUCAUGGGCGAGCAGUCCCUCGCCGUGAACCCGAUCCUGCACCGAUUUUUCCAACUCCUCACGCCCACCUCCGCGCUCCCCGCCCUCCCCGCAGGAAUCCCCUCCUACCGCCCUAUCCACGCCUACACCCUGCUCCAGAUCGUGCUCACGGGCAUCAUCUUCUACGUCACGUUGACGGUCGCGGCUCCCGCCUUCCCGGUUAUCAUCAUUGCGUGCGUGCCGGCCCGCCUGGCAGUCAUGAAUCGCGUGUGGGGCCGCGAGACGCUGCGGUUUGUGGAUGCGUGGGCGUGUAGGGAGGGCACGCCGGAGGACGAUGAGGAUAGACGUCUAGGAAGGGGAUUCGAAAAUGAGAAAGUAGAAGCCACCGGGGCUGAAGUCGAUCCAGGAGCGGUCGCUCGGGAGCUUGUAUAA